AUGUCGGCCACGGACGCAGCCUGCGAAAAGACGCCCUCGUCAUCAUCGUUGGGUCUCUUCAACCUCUCUGGCAAGACUGCGCUGCUCACCGGUGGCACGCGCGGUAUCGGCCAAGCGUGUGCCGUUGCGCUCGUUGAAGCUGGUGCUUCCGUCAUCCUUGCUGUUCGCCCUGGCACCUCCUCCUCGGACUCUCACCCUGCCCUUCAGCCCCUGACUGCGGUGGCCAACCAGUCCUCGUCGCAAAAGCACUCGACCGUCGAUGCGGACCUCUCGGACCUCUCGCAGGUCAAGACGCUGUUCGACCGUGCGCUCGCGCAGUCGCCCACCUCUGCCAUCGACAUUGUCGUCAACUGCGGUGGCAUCCAGCGUCGUCAUCCGUCGACCGACUUCCCCGAGUCCGACUGGGACGAGGUGCUCAACGUCAACCUCAAGGCUGUGUGGCUGCUGAGCCAGGCUGCGGGUCGUCACAUGGUGCCCCGACGCUCCGGCAAGAUCAUCAACUUUGGCUCGCUGCUCACGUUCCAGGGUGGCCUCACCGUCCCCGCUUACGCAUCGGCGAAGGGUGCAGUGGGUCAGCUGACCAAGGCGCUCAGCAACGAGUGGUCCAAGCACAACGUCCAGGUCAACGGCAUCGCUCCCGGCUACAUUGCAACGGAUAUGAACGAGAAGCUCCUCGCGGAUCCUACGCGAUUGAGACAGAUCAGCGAGAGAAUCCCAGCCGGCAGGUGGGGCGAGCCGGCCGAUUUCAAGGGCCCUCUGCUCUUCUUGGCCAGUCAGGCGAGCCAGUAUGUUAGUGGAGAGAUGCUCGUCGUCGACGGCGGCUGGAUGGGCCGUUGA